AUGGAGGAAAAGGCGCAUACGAUGAACAAGAAGCUGGCUGUCCUCGAGGACGAUGGCUACUUCAAUCUCGGAACCUAUCAUCGUCCCAUUACAACCAAAAGCCCCGAUGCUCAGCGGUGGUUUAAUCGAGGCCUCAUCUGGGCCUAUGGCUUCAAUACCCAGGAGGCAUCCAACUGUUUUGAGAAGGUCAUUUCGGCAGACCCGGAUUGCGCAAUGGGAUACUGGGGAUUGGCGUAUACUCGGGGACCGUAUUACAACAAGGCGUGGCGCUUGUUUGACCCAAAAGACCUGAAAAUGGCCCUUGAAGCCACUUACAGCGCGUCACGACGAGCAUUGGAUCUCAUCGGAAAUGCUAGUCCAGUCGAGCAAGCUCUUGUCCGAGCCAUUGUCGCCCGAUAUCCCCAGCCAACUCCGACAGACGACUACUCAGUGUGGAAUCGUGCGUAUGCUGAUUCUAUGGAAACUGCUUACAAACAGUUCAGCGGCGAUUUAGACGUUGUUGUUCUGUAUGCUGAUGCCCUCAUGAAUCUCACUCCUUGGGCUAUGUGGGAUCCAUACACCGGCAAGCCUGGUCCCAAUGCUCGCACACUCGAUGCUAGUGCAGCUGUCUCGCGGGCGUUGACUCAAAAGGGCGCUGACGAACAUCCUGGAUUGCUUCAUUUACAUAUUCAUCUCAUGGAAAUGUCACGUACACCUGAAGUUGCUGUUCCUUCGGCUGACCUGCUGCGCGGCCUCGUGCCAGAGAGCGGGCAUCUAAACCACAUGCCAUCGCAUAUCGAUGUUCUUAUUGGAGAUUAUCGAAGUGCCGUUGCUGCCAACACGGCGGCUGUUAAAGCAGAUGCGAAAUUUGUCGAAAAGGUCGGCGGCAUGAAUAUGUAUACUUUCUAUUGGGCCCAUGACUAUCACUCGUUGAUAUACGCGGCCAUGCUAUCUGGGCAAUCGAGAGUAGCUCUUGAGAACUGCACUUAUUUGGAGGAAGCACUACCCGAGGCCCUGCUCACAGUCGAGUCUCCACCGAUGGCAGAUUGGUUGGAAGCCUUUUGUGCCGUUCGACCUCAUGUCUUGAUCAGGUUCGGCUGUUGGGACGAUAUUAUCAAUCUUACACUACCGACAAAUCAAUAUCUCUACUGCGUCACGACCGCCACGAUCCAUUACGCCAAAGGUGUCGCUUACGCCGCUACGGGGAACGUGAUGGAGGCUUUGAAACAACAAACAUUAUUCACUGAAGCUCUAAUCCGGGUGCCAUCUUCACGAUUGGACUACCCAAACAAGUGCGUUGACAUUCUCAAAGUCGCCGUGGAAAUGCUGGCCGGGGAGAUUGAGUACCGCAGGGGCAACUAUGAAGUAGCCUUUGAGCAUUUGCGCCAAUCUAUUCACCUGGAUGAUCACCUUUUAUACAGCGAGCCAUGGGGCUGGAUGCAACCAACCCGUCACGCCUACGCGGCUCUGCUGCUAGAACAAGGCCGCGUGGAAGAAGCGGCUGCAGCUUAUGCAGAAGAUCUCGGCCUCGAUGAGUCUUUGCCUCGGGGCCACCAGCAUCCAAAUAACAUUUGGGCUUUGCAUGGAUAUCACGAGUGUCUGACAUUACUGGGACGAACGGCUGAGGCUAAGCUGCUCGAGCUUCCGUUGAAGUUUGCGAUAAAGCGGCGAGACAUGUAA